ACAGGCGUCAGCGCUCAUUUAAACUAUUAAGGUGUAUUGUGCGUUUGUGUUAUGUGGUUCUGUAUCCGUAUCCUGUACACGAUAUAACCGUGAUCCUGAUAAAUUUACCUAUCCUAAUGGAAAUGCUAUUAACGCAUUGGGGACUAGAGUCAUUAAUUGGAGUUUUUCAAGAAAAUUGCAUCGACGAGAGCGUUUUAUUAAAAUUAAAGGAGAGGGACAUUGAAAAAUUGGUUCCCCAGAUAGGGCUCCGACUAAAGUUAACCGAAAAUUUGGAAAUCUGGAAAACGAUUAAAUUGGCCGAAAUUGAAUUAGAUACUGGCGUAUCUGAAGCUGAUGAACCGAGAUCAGAAGAUCUGUCUACUAUAUCUUUAGAAAGUGGAAAUCCAGACGCUGCUAGCUCAAUAAUAUUUUUUGACAACGGCGAAUCAACCACACAAGAACAAAAGCGGGAUUUAAAUUCGAUUCUAAACUGCAACGAGGGCAGAGAAUUGCUACAAACAUACGCACUACAAAAAAUUGUUAAACGAAGAGCAUUAGUAAAACUAAUUAUUGAUGAUGAGUUAAGGAAUAAUCCAGACAAAAGGAUUGAAAGGGACCGUUUUGUUUAUUUGGCUCAAGAAAUUCAAAGGACUUUUCCCACGGAAAAUGCUGGAAUCUAUUAUGUGCAGGGAUACAGGGACAUGGAAGGCAAAGCAGUGGGUAACCAUGGAAAGCUAUGGGACAAAUACAUAAACACUAGGAGGAAAUAUAGAAGUUUGGAUAUUAUUCCAUCCACACCAGCCAAAAAAACCAAACCCAACCAGCCAAAUCCAAGUGUAAUUGAAGAAGGUGCGGAGGAAUCUGCCAGUUGGUUAGAGUACAAUAAUGCUCCAUUUACUACGGUCCAAGAGCACUGGAAAAAGAGUCAUUCCUUUAGAUUUGCAACAAAUAUAACAUCUGGCAUUUCAAUCUUCGAUUAUUUUGAGAAAUUUAUUGCUUUAAAAUUGCCAACGGGAAUUUUAUUGUUGGAAGAUGAUUUUAAUCGUUUGCAUCCCGAUAAAAAGGACAAACUGUUUGAACAUUGGACGAAUAUCAGUGAAGCUAUAAUAGUUCUGGCAAAAAGGAAGAACUGUCCCUUAAUCAAACAAUUAAUAGAAAGCAUUAAUAAUUUGGACUCCGCAUCUUAUCGUGUUAAAGAACAUUUAUCAUUACUUCUAUUCCCUCUAAUAUUUCCCAACAUAUACCGAAAAAUUAAAGGAAAACAAACGCCAAAUUUCUCCAAAAUCGAAAUCAAGGAUUCAUUUAUACUGCACAUAAAGGAGGAGGCCGAUUAUGCCCAAAUUUUGGAAGCCAGGGAGCAGAAGUGUGUGCGGUUAAAACUAACAGAGCAACCAUCUGCCAUCAUAGUAGGAGAUAUCGAACAACCCAUUAAAUAUCUAGUUAAAAUAAACGCCCAUGUAUAUGAAGUGGAAUCAUUACUGAAGGCAUUGGAUUUGUGUUUCAAAGCUUGUUUUGCUUUAAAUGCUAAAUAUCCCGUUGAAAGUCAGCAAUGCUUUACAUAUAUACAAAAACACAUCUACGGAAUUCACACAGAGUUUGAUGUAAACUUUGUAGCGGUAAGUUCCGUAAAAUCUGAUCUAGACGCUAUUUUAAUAGAUUCCACAACAUAACAGAUAAAACC